AUGGCGACCAGCAACAAGUACUCCUCCCCCAGCUUCACCGCCCUGGUGAUGGGUGCCAUGCGCAAGCACUACCCGGAAGAGCUCGCUGAUAAGAGAUGGGACAAUGUCGGUCUUCUCCUGGGCAACAUUGAGACACCGGAAACAGCCACGCCCAAGAAGCCAGUCGUCCUCCUCACCAACGACCUCACCUACGCCGUCGCCGAAGAGGCAAUCCAGAAGAACGUAAGCGUGAUUGUGAGCUAUCACCCCUUCAUCUUCUCGGGCCUCAAGUCCAUCACAACAAAGGAUCCCCAGCAAGCGACACUCUUGCUCCUCGCCGCCAACGGCGUCGCAGUCUACUGCCCCCACACCGCCGUCGAUGCCGCCCCCAACGGCCUAAACACCUGGCUCGGCGACAUCGUCUCCGGCGGCCCCGCCUCCUCCUCCUCAACGGCGGCUCCCUCCGAUCGCACUGUCAUCACCCCCCUCUCGUCGGCGCCUGCCGGUUUCGAGGGCUCAGGCUACGGCCUGCUAUGCACCUUCCGCCAGCCCGAGUCCCUCGCCGACAUCAUCCGCCGCGUGGCCUCUCGUGUGGGCAUGCGCCGCGUUAUGGUCGCCUCCCCGGACCCGGCUGGCAUCUCUACGGCGCGUGUGGGCGCCGUGUCCGUGUGCGCGGGCAGCGGGUGGGAUGUUGUCAAGGGCGCGGCCGCGGACGUGGUUGUGACGGGCGAGAUGAGCCACCACAACGCGCUCAAGGCCUUGCAGGAGGGCAAGACGGUCGUGACGGUGUUCCACAGCAACUCGGAGAGGGGGUACCUCACCGAGGUGAUGAAACCCUUGCUGGAGGGGGAGCUCAAGCAGAAGGAACCCGAUGUGCAGGUUCUCGUCAGCGCGGCCGACCGAGAUCCGUUUGAGAUUGUGGACAUAUCCGAGCUGUAA